UUACAAUAAUAAUCAUCAAGGACAAAUAUGAGUAAUAUCUAGAGUCGAGUCGUAUAGAAAUAGUUCCUCUACAAAGGUGCCAAAAGUGGACUAGCUCACCAAGCUCAACGCUGCUAGUGAGUAGCCUAGAGACUACGAUCAAACCCUCUAAUAAUAAUAUUAAUACAAGCCUCAUUUUUCGAAAUGACUAGCCAAGUGCUCCCUCCCAAGCCCACCCCGACGAUCAGCGUUUCCGACACGGUCAACUACACCAGCAGCGCGACUUUUAUCGCAGCUCCCGCUGCCGCGGUGUGGGAUGCACUGAUCGACACCUCGACCUGGCCGACGUGGAACGUGUUCUGCCCGCGGGUGACGAUCCACGAACAACCCGGCGAGGAGGGGAGUGAUGGCCAAUCGCUUUCUCCUGUGUUGCAGAAUGGAACGCGACUGACGUUCCACGUGCGGAUGGAUCCGACGUCGGACAAGUGCACAGAUGUGGCUUUGGUGAUUAUGGAAUUCGAGCCUCCUACGAAAAGCGAUGACGGCAAUAACAACAAUAAUGAACCGACGACGAGUUCUUCAGGGCGGAUUGUCUGGGGGAUAGAUCCGAUGGCCAAGGGGGCGAUGCCGGGGUUUCUCCUGAAGGCGGAGCGCGUACACACGCUGAGCGAGGUGGAGGUAGAGGGGCGACGCGGGACAGAGGUGCAGAACUGGGAGGCCCAGGCGGGAUAUCUGGCGUAUCUUGUUCGGUGGAAAUAUGGGGAUCAGUUGGUGAUUGUGUUCCGGAAGUGGGUAGAGGGUUUAAAGAAAUAUGUUGAAGCCAGUAGUAGCAGUACUUACUAGCAGAUCUUUUUUCUGAUAAUGCCUAGGAGAGUUCUUUGAGAAC